AUGGAUGCAUGGGAUCCCCUCGCAGAUCCGGCUGAUGUUGACACACCGGGCAAGGCGGACCCGACAAAGGUCAGUGCUUCAGAUGGUGACUGUAGUGCGGUAGAUGAUGCUUCGAUGUUGGCUAUUGCCGGUCCCUUGGGCCGUGAGGCGGUGUUGUCCUCGACCCGCAUGCGAGACGUCGAGGACUGGAUUUCGCGGGCAGAGGCCAGUGGCCUCGAUGUAGAGCAGAUCCUUCCGGCAAGGCAACACCUGAGGUCCUUGGCCAAGCAGAAUCCGACGAUCCACUGGGAAAAGCGAGAGAGCCAAGCAACGGCAGAGCUUGUGGAUGGCACAAAGGCUGGCGAAGCCGAAGCGCGACUGCAAGCUGCCGAGCAGCAGGUGAAUCUGCUGCUCAGUGACAAGUCAAGCUCGUCUGCAGCAGGGAACAAGGCCAUGCAGGAUGCCGCAGAGCAGCUCAAGGAAGCCAUAGGAGAGGGCUACAGUGCCGGGGUGGACCUCAAGCAGCUCAUCACAUCGCGGCGACUUCUGAACCAGCUACAGCCGAAGGUCAAGCAGGUCGAGCCGGAGACCAAGCAAGCUCUGGCCAAGGCCAUGCUUCAAGCCAUGAAGGAGAAGGACGCCGUGAAGCUCGGACGUGUUUUGGAUGCUGCAGCAGAGGCAGAGGUGAAGCUCCCAGGCCUGGAGGCGGCCCGAAAGAAGCUUGCAGAAUGGAGGACAGCUUCACCAGAAGACUCGGAAGAGCGUUCUGGAAGGACUGCAGAGGUGCGGUUGCGGAUCAUUCUGCCGGAUGGAAGGAGAGGAUGGCUUCCUGUUGAUCCUGAAGACCACGGCAGCAAAGUGCUGAGCAGCUUGCCGCAGGAGGUAACGGCGAGCGGCGACAUGCACUUCUUCCUUGGAUUGGAGGCGUCGCCGAAGGGUGCAGUGACUCUUCGCGAGGAGGUGGUCUUUUCCUUCGACAGGAAGGUCGGUGACCAGCCGGAGUUCCUUGCCCAGGGAGCAGCGCUUUGUGUUUGUCCCGGUCGCCACAGGAGCUCUUUCGAGUCUGAAGAGGACAGGCGAUCCGAUCCCACCAGCCCACUUUGGCAGAGCGUCAUGAGGGCAGUGUCCGAGCCCUUUCCCACUUUCGCCAAGGUCGAGAAGCUUCUGGAGGACACAAGCGGCUGGCCAGCUGUGGUCCUUGCGUGGGGCGGUCUCGAGGAUUUGAGCGUAGCCGAGAGAAGUCCUGAGGCCGUGCAGGCCGUGGGUGCAUGUCGUGUGAUCUUUACAGGGAAGGUGGAGACGGCAGUGCUGCCGUCUCUGAGUGUACCGACGACCUCCGUCAUCAUAGACGAUGCCAGGGCCAGCAGCACGGACAUCGCGCGCAUCCUUGGAGAGAUAGAGGCCGGUGGAGUACAACGUCCGUUGUUGCUGGUCGUGGUGUGCCGUGCCUUCCUGAGCAGGAGGCUUCUGCAAAGCUUGCGGCAGCACCUUUCUCCAGGAUGUCAUGCUCUUCCCGUGCCCUCCUGCCACCUUGAUGCGCGCCUGCAUGGAGGAGGUGCCGGUCUUCGAGUCCCAGAUCCUGGAGGAGGCCUCGAGGCUGCGGUCCGAGGCGGCUUCGGGGGGAGAGAGAGCGCUUCCGUCUUCGGUUCUCAUCUUUUCUCCAGGGGCCCGGCCCUGUUUGCAGGGCGUGGUCCGACUUACCGAGAGGUGCCAGGCCGCGUUGGCCAGGCCGCGUCCCCGCUUUCACCGUACCUGCAGAAAGCCAACUGCCAACUUGGCUCAGCGCACGAUCAGGUUGCAGGCGUCGCCCGAAGUUGCGGUUGGCAGUGCAGGGAAAAAGCACCGUGUCCGACCGGUCCUACUUUUCGGUGCCCUAUGCAGCUCGAAUCUGAACGGGGCCACAUGGCGGAGAGUUUCGGAGACUCUGUGAGGUGGUGCUCACUCGCAUUGACAGAGUGGAGGACCCGACUCGCAUGCGAGGAUGGUGAGACAGUCGCUGUUAUUCCAGGAGAGCAUCACCAAAGCCGGAGGUCAAGGAGCCUCCAUGGCCGACCGAGAGAUGAAACUUCGACAGGCGCCGGCAUGGCCCAGUAA